UGUGUGUGUGUGUGUGUAUGUAUGUGUAUUUGUAUGUGUGUGUAUGUGUGUGUGUGUGUAUGUAUGUGUAUUUGUAUGUGUGUGUAUGUGUGUGUAUGUGUGUGUGUGUGGGGGUGUGUCAGAGUGUUUUUGGGGACAGUGUGUGUGUUCUGUGACCUUUGAUCAGCUCAGAACAAACAUGGCGUUCAUCAGCGGAGAAACGAAGCUGCUCUUCAUCCUACGACUCCUCAUCGCCGCUAUCCCAGCAUGCACUGGGCUUCCUGGAGGUGUCUUUGUGAGCAGACCUGAGGCCAGCGUGUUCCUGCAUCGUUCUCGUCGGGCGAACUUCAUGUUUGAGGAGCUGAAGACGGGAAAUCUGGAGCGAGAAUGCGUGGAGGAGAAAUGUUCCUACGAGGAGGCGAGGGAGAUCUUUCCUAUGCAACAGCAGCUGGAGGCCUUCUGGAGGACCUACACAGCGGUGAAUCAGUGCCUGUUGUCUCCCUGUAAGAACGGAGCGACUUGUACUCGCCACGUCAGCACCUACAUCUGCAAAUGUCCGUCUGGCUUCCACGGACAAAACUGUGACAAAGUGAGGUUGAACUCCAACGGCUGCCGCUACAGAAACGGCGAAUGUGAACAUUUCUGCAAAGAGUCACGUGAUCGCACUCCGAUCUGUUUCUGUGCUAGCGGUUACGUCUUGGACCGGGACAACAGCACCUGCAAGCGUCACGAUGCCGUCCCCUGUGGAAGACAACAGGUGCACUUUGCCCCUAGGGUUGUCAACGGGAAGAUCUGCCCCAAGGGACAGUGUCCCUGGCAGGCUAUGCUGACUAAAAACCACAACUUCUCCUGUGGGGCGAUCGUCCUCACCGAUCAGUGGAUUCUGACUGCGGCUCAUUGUGUUUGGGGGCACACCAACAACAACCACGUCUACCACGUCAUCGUAGGUGAGCAUGACCAGAAGAUAGAGGAGAGGACCGAGCAGAAGCGUCGUGUGGAUAAAAUCGUGACGCACCAGAACUACAACAACACCAGCUACGACUCCGACCUGGCGAUGCUGAAGCUUCACCGGCCCAUCAAACUGGGACUCUACGUGGUUCCCAUUUGCCUCCCCGCUCGGAACAGCUCCUUCGGCCGGACGAUGUCGACAAUCCGGUACUCGACCGUGUCCGGUUGGGGCCGCUUGGCACAGUUUGGGCCCCCAGCCACAAUCCUCCAGCGCCUGGUGCUGCCCAGAGUCCCGCUGCAGGAGUGCCGCCUCCACACCAAACUCAACAUCACCAGGAACAUGCUCUGCGCCGGGCGGAGGACCGGCGGACAGGACGCCUGCGGGGGCGACAGCGGCGGCCCUCUGGUCACACGCUACAAGAAAACGUGGUUCCUGACGGGCGUGGUGAGCUGGGGGAAGGGAUGCGCCGCAGAGAACCUGUACGGCGUCUACGUUAAAGUCGGCAACUUCCUGGAAUGGAUCCAGAAUGUCAUGUCCACCGGGUGAAACCUGGUCAGAGUCAGAAAACCAUGAAUUCAAUAAAGUUAGAAAGUUAGAGAAUAGUUCAGAGUAUAAGAGAGCGUUAGAAACAUAGACAGAGUUUCAAUUUGAGCUUAAAAGUGACAUGAAGACACGAACGUGGUGCUUUUUCCAUUUGAGUCCAUCUUUAUUUCUCCUAAAUAACAAACAUCAACAUAAAUCUAAAGCUAUUAAUCUGUGAUUCAUGUAAAAAUGCUUUUGACUCAACAUGAAGGAUUUAUGUGAGCGACAUACUGAUACAUGUGUCACUUUUUGCUUGUUGUUGAAAAUAAAAUAAAAGACUAAAGUAGA